AUGGUGCUGCAGAAGUGCUCGGCCCUGGCCUCGGGGCCAGCGGCUUGCUGCCCACACCUGGGUGCCAGGCGGCCGUUUGCGGGAGCCCGGGUGGCCCGCAGCAGCACCCGCCCCGCCGCAGCUCGCAGCCGCCGCCAGCUGGCGCCUGCGGCGACCGCAGAGGCCCAGGCCCCGCCCGCGCCGCCGGCAUUCUGGACGGCCACCCCCGCACCCGCGCCGCCCUCCCAGGAGGAGCAGCCGGAGCAGCCGGAGGCGACCUUCAACUGGUUCGACCAGUGGUACCCCAUCGCCUAUGUGAAGGACAUCCCGGAUGAUGCGCCCUACGGCUUUGUGCUGCUGGAGCAGCCCAUUGUCAUCUGGAAGGACGGCGGCGGCGCCUACCGCUGCCUGCGCGACGCCUGCCCCCACCGCCUCGUGCCGCUCAGCGACGGCCGCAUCGCGCCCAACGGCGAGCUGCAGUGCCCCUACCACGGCUGGCAGUUCAAGGGGUGCGGCACCUGCACCCUGAUGCCCCAGGGAGGCGACCCCACGGCGCCGCGGGCCGCCGCCACCGCCUACCAGUGCGCCGUCAAGCAGGGACUGGUGUGGGUGAAGCUGCAGCCCGCCCCCACCGACGGCUCAGAGCCCGACACCAGCAGCAUACACACCAUUCCUGAGCUGGAUAAGGAGGGCUGGUUUGCGUUUGGGGACAUGUGGCGCGACAUACCCUACGACUGGGCCACGCUGAUUGAGAAUGUGGUGGACUGCGGGCACGUGCCCUUCACGCACCACGGUGAGCGGGCUGCGCUGGGCGUGCUGGAGCGCGGCCAGUUUGGUUUCCAGGGGGUGUGGCCCACCGGGCCGCGCAAGGGUGCCCUGGGCGCGCAGCACACUCGCUUUGAGGGCCCCGUGCUCAUGCGCCACACAAUCGACGCCUUCGACACCCGCGGCUUUGGCAACAUCACGGCGGUGUACGGCGUGCCCGUGGCGCCCGGUCGCUGCCGGGCCAUCGUGCGCCAGCCCUUCCGCUUCAAGAACAAGCUGCUGCCGCUGGCGUUCAAGGUCAUGCCUGCCUUCCUGGGCCACCUGGGCAACAACUCGGUGCUGGAUGAGGACAACAUCUUCCUGCACAUGCAGGCACGCGCCUGCUUUCUUCCCGCUGAGCAGGAGUCUGUGCGGCGGGGCAUGGGGGAGAAGCCGGCGGGACAAGUGUACUACAUGCCUGCCGCCAGCGACGCCUACGUGUCCGCCUUCAGGAACUGGAUGAAGAGCGUGGCCGGCGGCGGCCCCUUUGGGCCGAUGAACGCCGACUGGCUGCGCCGGGCGGGGCCUCGCCUCAGCGACGAGCAGCUGCUCGACCACUACCACUCCCACACCAAGCGCUGCUCCGUGUGCCAGCCCGCGCUGCGCAACGUGCGGCUGGCGCGCGCCGUGUCGGCGGCGGUGGGCGUGUCUGCCGCGGCCAUGGCGGCCAUGGCGCUCAUGAUCCAGCUUGCCGCGCCGCUGGCGGCCGGCAGCCCGCAGGCGCUGCUGUCGGCGGCCGCCGAGGCGGUGCAGCAGGGGCAAGGGCUGGUGCACCUGGCGGGCGGCUGCGCGGCGGUGGCGGUGGUGGCAUUUGCGGUGUGGUCUUGGUGCUCCAAGACCAUCCCUCGCUUCUUCUCCGGCACGCGGCCCCACGCCCGCAACCGCGUGGUUGGCGAGUACUCUCCCUAA